AGAUAGAUGGAGAUUCGGCAGCACCAACCAAAGCUGAAAGGCAUUUUUCUCCAUAGCCCUACCUUUUUCUCUUCUCCAUAUUCUCUCUCACUUUCUCCCUGAAAAUUCCACAGAGAGGAAAAGUGAUCGGAGAGCCAGAAAACAACCUCCAAUCUCCGAUUUGCUAACGGCCGCAGUUCCACCGGCCGUAGAUGUGAUCGACUACAAAAAUCCAGCCGCAAUAGAGAAAAAUCAUGGAGCGAAUCGGUGAAGACGGUGAGAACGAGGAGAAAGGAGAAGAGGAAGAAGAAGAAGAAGAAGGAGAAGGAGAAGGAGAAGGAGAAAUCGAAUGGCCGCCAUGGCUGGAACCUCUUCUCAGCACGAGCUUCUUCGUCCAAUGCAAUCACCACGCCGAUUCGCACAAAAGCGAAUGCAAUAUGUAUUGCUUGGAUUGCGUGAACGGAGCUCUCUGUUCGCUCUGCCUUAAUUCUCAUAAAGAUCACAGAGCCAUUCAGAUAAGAAGAUCAUCCUACCAUGAUGUGAUAAGAGUGUCUGAGAUACAGAGAUUUGUGGACAUAACAGGAGUUCAGACUUACAUCAUUAACAGUGCCAGGAUUGUGUUCUUGAACGAGCGCCCUCAGCCACGCCCUGCCAAAGCUCUCACCAAUACCUGCCAUGUCUGCCGCCGUGCCCUCCUUGAUUCUUUCCAUUUCUGCUCUCUUGGUUGCAAGUUAAUUGGCACAUCAAAGAGUUUGGACAAAAGGGUCCAAGUGGUGGAAAACGAAAGCUCUGACACAGAGAAAUCAAAGACUACAAAGAGCAACAACAGAAGAAGACUUAGGAGCAAAAUCCAAAGCUUCUCGCCGUCGACGCCACCGCCAACGGCGGCGAUUCACAGAACCGCCAAGAGAAGGAAGGGAACUCCACACAGGUCUCCGAUGGGAGGACUCCUCUUAGAAUUCUAAAUAUUUAUUUUUUCAAAAAAGAAAAGCAUUAAAUUAAAACACUUAAAAUGACGAAAAUACCCCCCUACAGCCACCGACACAGAAACCCAGAUUAUUUCUAUCAUUGCAGCCAUCUGAGCCUUUGGAGUUUGGCCUCCAACGGUCAACGGAGGCCGUUGCUGUGAAAGUUACAGCUCUGUGAUGUAGAGUGCAUAAAAAAUAAAAAUUAAAAAUAAAAAAAAAAAGUAUUUUUAUUGUAAUUUAAUAAUUAAACACAAAUUAAAUUAAGAGAGAAAAAUAGAGGUGGGCAAAAUAAAAGAAUAAUGAUAUGGUUGUGUAUAUUCAAUGUUAAAUGUUUAUCUGAUUUGUAAGAAUUUAA